UCAGGAGCAGCUGCGAGAGGAGCCCCGGACGGGAGUUCGGCUGCUGCUGCUGCAUCCUGACUCGGCAGCGGCGGGCGGGAGCAUGCCAGCCGGGCGGGCGGGCAACGGCGGCGGCGGGAGCGCCGGCUCUUCUCCCUCCUGCAGCCGCGGCUGAGCCCAGCGCCGCCGCCGCCCCCGGCCCCAGCAGGCAGGCUUAGCCCACUGACUCCUCGCCAAGAUGCCGUUGGUGAAGCGCAAUAUCGAGCCCCGCCAUCUUUGCCGGGGGGCCCUUCCUGAUGGGGUGACCAGCGAGUUGGAGUGCGUGACCAACAGCACUUUGGCCGCCAUCAUUAAACAGUUGGGAAGCCUCAGCAGACACGCUGAAGAUAUUUUUGGCGAACUCUUCAACGAGGCCAACAGCUUUUAUUUGCGGAUGAAUUCCCUGCAGGAACGAGUGGAUCUUUUGGUGAUCAAGGUCACUCAGCUGGACUCCACAGUGGAAGAAGUCUCCCUACAGGAUAUCAACAUGCGGAAAGCUUUCAAGAGCUCAACCAUCCAGAACCAGCAGGUGGUGUCGCGCAAUUCGAUUCCCAAUCCUGUGAUGGAGAUGUACCAGCGUUGUGAUAAGCCUCCGCCCUUAAAUAUCCUCACUCCGUACAGGGAUGAUAAGAAAGAUGGCUUAAAGUUCUACACGGACCCGUCCUAUUUCUUUAACUUGUGGAAAGAGAAGAUGUUGCAAGCCACAGAAGACAAGAGGAAAGAGAAACGCAGGCAGAAGGAGCAGCGACUGGUUGAGGAUUCCACCCGGGAAGUGAAGAAAGUGCGCAAGGCGCGAAACCGGCGGCUGGAGUGGAACAUGAUGGCUUACGAUAAAGAAUUCCGGCCGGAUAACAGGUUCUCACCAUCCCCAUAUCACAUGGCUUCAUCGGAAGGAUCACUGUCCCCAGAUAAUAGAUCCUAUGCAUCUGAUGUAGCUGAUCAUUCCUACCCAGCCAGUCCUAACCAUCCUGGCCAACAGAUGAUGGCCCCAACCUCACAUCUGGCCGCCGAGAACAAAGAAGUGGUGCUGGUGGCCACCCAGGUCCAGGAUCAGAUCUUCAGGCCCUCGGCAGUAGGAAGCCGGCAGAACAGCCUCAACCGGGUACAACAGCCCCAUGUGCCACAGCCAUCCGAGACUAUGUUAAAUGGACCAAGACCUCAGAUAAUCAAGGACUAUGGUCCUCAACCAGUGCCAAUGGCAGACUACUUUGUGCCGCCUGCACCUCCGCCCCCACCCCCAGUCAUCCCCUCUGCUCAAACUGCCUUCGACAGCCCCAUCUCAGCACCUUCCGCCAUGACGCCCAAUGCGGCCCCUUCCGUUAGCCACGCCACCUACGUGCCGACCCCUCCCCCUGCUGUGCCCUGCCCCUAUUCUGCCUCUCCUCCCCAGGCUGGCCCCAUGGGACCUCCUGUUGCACCUCCCCCUCCACCCCCUGGCCCCCCCACCAUCUCGGCCUCCCCCGCACACACAGUCUCGCCGCCGGCCGUGAUGGUGGAAUCCCGGAAGCCGCCGGUGCCCCUGAUUCCAAUGACCGAUGCCAGGAGUGACCUGCUUGCUGCCAUCCGCCGGGGAAUUCAGCUGCGCAAAGUCCAAGAGCAAUGGGAACAGGAAGCCAAGAAAGAGCCGGUGGGGAACGAUGUGGCCACGAUCCUGUCCCGAAGGAUUGCUGUGGAAUACAGCGAAUCAGACGACGACUCGGAGCUGGAUGAGAAUGAGUGGUCCGAUUAGAGAAGGGGGCUGUGGGCUGCCUUUGGGGCAGUAGGGGGGGGGAGACCUCCGGGGUUUUUCCCUGCCACCUUUCUGCCACAGGGCCUAGGCGACUCGGGCCUCUUGGCAGGUAAAUCACAGCUGCUCCAAGCAGCUCAGUCUUCAGGAGCUUUGCUUUUGUGCCAUGUUGUGUUGUUGACAAUGUUUUAAGGUGGCCUCUUUGUGGGCGGACGGGCAUUGGGGAUCCUGACUUUUCGAAACGGACGGUUGGGGUGGGGUGGGGGAGGAGAAGACCCACUGGUGAAAAUGGCAUCUGAGUUUUUUUCAACAUGCUGGAAAAAUGGAGCGGUCUUCCCUCCCCCUGGCCUAAACCAUACCAGGAGGGGCCCUUUGCAGCCAUGAAAUUCAUUCCCCGCUCACAAUUUGAGCCUGGGCCUGAGAGAUUUAGAGAGCUAUCACUGAGAGACCACGGGGAUAAAUUGAAGCAAAUGCUCUUUCCAGAGAGACCCAUUCAUCAGCGAGCAUGGAAAGGGGUGGGAAGAGAGACUUUCCCUCUAUCGAAGGUCCAAUAAUGUGGUUUCCAAAGUUAGAAGGAUGUAAAUCAUCCGUGAGUUUUUCUCCAUUGCUUCUAGCACUUUCAGCUGAGCUCCAGAAAGCAAAAUGACUGGGACAAAUUACUAGCACUUUACAAGGGAAAGGGGAAAAACAGGAUGACGGUAGAUUUCACACUUCCCCAACCUGCUGAUCAUAACCAUAGUCCCCAGCCUGCAAAGCCAUUGGCUGUGCGAACUGCAGCUUACGAGAGCCUGAAUCCACACAUCCUUAGGACCUCACCUAGGGAAACAGCCUAAUGGCAUAGGAUUCUAUGAGCCAUGGUUUAUUUUGCAAGCCAUAUUAUGGCCAGUAGGAAGAGCUUGGAGUUGGGAGUUGAAGGGCCUUCUUUUCUAAAUGAUUAAGUUGGGACGAGCCUAAAAAUAAGCUCAGCAAAAGAAGGCAGUAGAGUAGCUGGACAAAGGACAAACAAUCCCAAUUCAACAUGACCAAGGGGGUUUGAGAACAAAUCCCACAUGAGCAGCCAUUGUGGGAGGUGAUUCAGCAGUGCAAGCUCUUUUGACUCUACUUGUAGAAAAGAUAAAUCCCCUGUUCUCCAGAAGAAUAUUCUGACUCUACUUAGUGGGAAGAUUGAAUAUUUCUUUCCCCCACUUUAAUCAUUUUUUCACCCAGGCGACCGUGUGGAUAGUGAGCCGUGAAUGUUUCUAACCAUAAGAGUUUCAAAUGUCCAAGGCAUUGACAGAACCUGGCCAACAAUUAAUUUGCUGAGUUAUUUUGCAUUCUGAUCUAUAUUCUCAAUAUUGCCAUGGAGAAAGUGCUCCAUCUCCUUCCCCCCACCCCUUUUCCCCCCCUAAUUGUGAAGAACUAGAAACAGAAUUACUGUAAAAUGGCUUGUGUGCCCAGAAAAAAAUGUUUGCAAAAUAAUAACUGGAAAAUUCUGAUUUUUGAGCUGAUAUAACCAAACAGGAUAAAAAUGUCAACCAUCACCAAUGGAGCAUGAUGGGUUUAAGUGCACCUUUGUUUCCAGAAAGAUGCUAACUGUAUAUUUUUUCCCUCCUGAUUUAAUCAUCCUAAAAUCCUUGAGCAGCCUUGAAAAUUAAAAUUUCCCACCAAAGUAAGUUGAUAUUCAUACACUUUUCAUAAGUACCUAAUUUUGUAGUAGUUGUGCCUAUUUGGAAGUAAGUCCUGAUUGAGUUUCGUUGGGCUUACAUUCGCUAAAUGUACAUAGGAUUAUAAUGGUAAUUUUUAAAAAAUAUAUCAGUAUUUGGCAGUGAAUGAAAACAAGUGCCAAUGCCUCUCUCCUAAGAUCACCUAUUUUUUUUACUUAUAUUUUUUAUUUUAUUCAGAAUAAAGUUAAAAUACAAAAUACCAAACUAAAAUACAAAACGGGGGGGGGGGGAGGUCACAAAACACAAAGCAGUCAGAACAUUAAAAAAGUGUAACAAAGUACACCCGCCCAUUUUUAAUGUUCUGAUUGCUUUGUGUUUUGCGUUUUUCUUUUAUGUCUUUUUGGAUUUUUUUUUUUUUUGUAUUUUGUAGAUCACCUAAUUUUUUUUUAAAUUAGAUGAGCGUGAGGCUGUAAACUGCCCCCAGAUUCAUUGUUUUUCACAGCUUUUGGGUUUAAUUUGAGCGAGCGCUGAGGUCCAGUUUUGAUUUACGGCUAUGCAAGAUUUGAAAAGUUGCUUCAGUGUAAGUAGGAGCCCAAAUACAGGCCUCUCUGGGGCUCAUUAAUACAACUGUAUCUUUUUUCAAGCGUGCACAUCUGCUGCAGAGGUUGAUCCACAGUAGCUUCCUAUUUAGGGGCUGCUUUAAUGCUUGUUUUAAGUCUUGGGUUCAGACCCCAAUGUAUUUUGAAGCAAUUUGGGGCAUUGUAUUCAAAGCAUCGCACAGCCCUAUUCUCUCUAUUCUUUCCUUAGAAUAAGCCCCUUUGGUCCCAAGAAAUCAGCGCAUUCUUUUAAAGCUAGAAUCUCCAAACCUGGCAACUUUAAGACUUGUGGACUUCAACUCCCAGGAUUCCCAGCCAGCCAUGCUGGCUGGGGAAUCCUGGAAGUUGAAAUCCACAAGUCUUAAAGGGGCGAAGUUUGGAGACCCCUGUUUUAAAGUGAAAGAACACCCUGAGACUUUGCAGGUUUGAGGUUGCUUUGUCACCCUUCUUAAAUUCUGGCCCCGGAUUAUAAUAAAAAGCAUGCAGGAGUUUGCAUAACAGGAAGAGUCUGCUUUUCUCCUUUGACAAUCAAGAUCAACUUAAAAUGUUUCCAUUGCUGAGACACGUUAAGGACGAUGUCUGUCUCUCCGUUUUUGGCAUAUGCAAUUUAUUUAUUUAUUUUUGUAUGUGUACAUCUUGCCUAAAUUGGUUUGCCUUUGUCAACCAAGGGAGAAUAACGGAAAUUACGUUCAUGGACCUCCAAUCAUUCUUAAGAGGUCAGUGAAGGCUCUCCGAGAAAAUCUGCAGGGAGGUGGGAUCCACGUAGCUUGUGCAGGCAGUUCUCGACAGACGACAGGUCUGUUGCUACGUGAGACAGUUGCUAAGUGAAUUUUGCCUCAUUUUACCACCUUUCUUGUCACGGUCGUUAAGGGAAUCACUGCAGUUAGUUAACAACAUGGUUGUUAAGUGAAUCUGGCUUCCCCAUUAAUUUUGCUUUUCAGAAGGUCACUAAAGGAGGUCAGA